UCUACUUUCUUUUUCUUUGAAAAAAAAAAUAAAAUUCUUGCACACCAAGUGUUUGAUGUUUUGCCAACUUUGAUUUUUUGUAAUAAAGUUGACAAAUUUAUGUGCUUUGAUCUGCGAGCUUUGUGGGUAUUGAUUGGUUUUUGUUGGAUCUCAAUGAAACAAUAAAUCUUGGAUUUUUAGUUUUUUUCUUAAUUAUCAUUUAAUUAAUAAAGAAGAUGGGCAAUGUCAGUAAUUUGCAGGUGGUUGGUUUUAGUUCUCAUGUCGAAAUGGGAUCUAUAGAAAAGAAGUCAAUGAUGGAGUUAGAGGAUGAUGAAAGCUUAUCUAGUUCUGUAUCUACUAAUAAAAGAGAUAUGCUUUUUUCAUUGAAAGGAAUAUAUGAAAAUUGUGGCAAGAAGUUCAAAUGGAGUAUAGUUAUAAACAGUAUAAAGAUUGCUUUUUUAUCUGAUAAGAUUAAUUUACUAAUCCCUUGUGGCCCUUUAGCUAUUUUGGUUGAUCACUUGACUAAUCAUCAUGGUUGGGUUUUCUUCUUAAGCUUGCUAGGCAUUAUACCGUUGGCGGAACGAUUAGGUUGGGCUACCGAGCAGUUGGCUUUCUACACCGGACCUACAGUUGGAGGACUGCUGAAUGCUACUUUUGGCAAUGCAACCGAGUUAAUAAUAUCAAUGUAUGCAAUGAAACAUGGUAUGCUACGUGUUGUGCAACAAUCAUUACUUGGCUCAAUUUUGUCAAACAUGUUGCUUGUGCUUGGAUGUGCGUUUUUGUGUGGAGGAAUUGUUCAUUCUAAUAAAGAGCAAGUGUUUAACAAGUCGAAUGCUGUAAUGAGCUCGGGAUUACUCUUGAUGGCAGUCAUGGGUCUGUUGUUCCCGGCUGUUCUCCAGUUCACACAUACUGAAAUACAUGAUGGGACGUCGGAAUUGGCCCUUUCGAGAUUUAGCAGUUGUAUAAUGCUUGUAGCAUAUGGAGCGUAUCUCUUUUUCCAGCUGACUAGUCAAAAAAAUCCGUAUUCGCCAAUCAAUGAGGAAGGUAGUCCAGACAAUGACAGUUCAGACGAUGAAGAAACUCCUGACAUUUCAAAGUGUGAGUCGAUCAUAUGGCUCAGUGUUUUGACACUUGUCAUUUCGAUUCUUUCUGAAUAUUUAGUCAACACUAUCGAGGGUGCCUCUGUUGCAUUAAAUAUCCCGAUAGCAUUUAUUAGUGUCAUUCUGCUUCCAAUUGUUGGAAAUGCGGCAGAACAUGCCAGUGCUAUCAUGUUUGCAGUGAAAGACAAGCUUGAUAUCUCUUUAGGAGUUGCGAUUGGCUCCUCAACACAAAUAUCUAUGUUUGCGAUACCGUUUUGUGUGGUGGUUGGGUGGAUCAUGGGAAAACCACUGGACCUAAAUUUUCAACUUUUCGAGACAGCGACUCUUUUCAUGACAGUUCUUGUUGUAGCUUUUAUGUUGCAGGAAGGAACAUCCAAUUACUUCAAAGGAUUAAUGCUCGUGUUUUGCUAUUUAAUAGUUGCUGCAAGUUUCUUUGUACAUAUAGAUCCUCAAUCUAUACAAGAUAAACCUUCAAAGCCAUAGGUGUAGACUGCCCUUCAUUGGAACUCAUCAGAUAUUCUAGAGAAGGGUGCUUUGAAUCCAUCGGGCAGCAGGCAGAAUUUUGUUUCGGGUUUGACAGAUAUGUUAAGUAAGUCAAGCAUACUGUUCCAGCUCCACUUCCACGAUGGCAUGGUAAUCAUUGUAUAUUACUAUGUAAUAGUAAACACAGAUGGCUAUAGAUCCCAGGUUCUUCAUAAGCUGAAAUAUAUCAAGUAGAUAUUGAAGUUUCAAAGUUCAUUCGUUGCGACAUAUUUGUAUUUCCAUUUGUACCACUGUGAUGUAAUUUGUCAAAGAGAAAGUUCAUUAAGGUUAUUCAACAAAAGAAGUUUGAAGAGAUAAAA